AUGGAGGUUAUCAACGAAAAUGCUGCGCUACUCAGUAACUACGAAGUGCUACACUUAUUGACUGAUUUGCAGGCAGGUGAAAAUGGACAAAAGAAACCAAACAAAUAUCUUCAAAACUUAGCAACAAUUUCUUACGAGACAACAAAGUAUCUUGAAAAAACUCCCUGCAAGGAUCAAUCUCCGGAAAUCAUUGAGAAAUUCAUGAACUCAUUGCUACGAUAUAAUCUAACGAAGGCCGAGAAGUUACAGUUGUUGAAUCAUCGUCCCACAGCUGCCGUUGAGAUUCAGUUAUUGAUCGAGGAAAGCGAGGAACGUUUAACUGAGGAACAGAUCGAGGAAUUGCUGCAGCUCGUCGCUGAAUGUUUGAUACCAGAAUCCACAGAAAAUGAUGAGGAAGAUGAGGACGAAGAGAUGACAGAGGACACUUAG